UACUGUCAGAGGGUGACAGGCGACCAGUGGGAGGGAGGAGAAGUUUUUUCUGUCGCUUUUGGCUGCUCAUCUUCAGCAUGGAGGCUCCGCCGCGCUUCUCCCGAGAGGAGAUCAACAGCACCGUGUGGGAAGUUCCGGACAAGUACGAGCGGCUGAAGCAGGUCGGCACCGGCGCGUACGGCUCGGUGUGCUCCGCUAUAAAUGAGAAGACACAAGAGAAAGUGGCCAUCAAGAAACUUUACAGGCCCUUCCAGUCCGAGAUCUUCGCGAAGAGGGCUUAUCGAGAGCUCCGACUGCUCAAACAUAUGAAGCAUGAAAAUGUAAUAGGACUUUUGGAUGUGUUCACACCUGGGCCGACGCUGGAUGACUUUCAGGAUUUCUAUCUGGUGAUGCCUUACAUGUUCACCGACCUGUCCAAGGUGCGGGGUCAUCUCUCUGACGACAAAGUCCAGUUCCUCGUCUACCAGAUGCUCUGCGGACUCAGGUAUAUUCACAAGGCGGGAAUCAUCCACAGGGAUCUCAAACCGGGAAACCUGGCUGUUACUCAAGACUGCCAACUGAAGAUCCUGGACUUCGGGCUGGCCCGCAGCACCGACGCAGAGAUGACCGGCUACGUGGUGACCCGUUGGUACCGUGCGCCCGAGGUUAUUCUCAACUGGAUGCACUACACCCAGACUGUGGACAUCUGGUCUGUGGGCUGCAUCAUGGCAGAAAUGAUCAACGGGAAAACCCUCUUCAAGGGGAAAGACUACAUGGACCAGCUCACUCAGAUCAUGAAGGUGACCGGAGUUCCUGGACCCGAGUUCGUUCAGAAGCUGGACAGUCCGGAGGCCAAGAGUUACAUCAAAGCGCUUCCCCGCUACCCCAGGAAAGACUUCUCCACGUUGUUUCCCAGAGCCAGUGUGAAGGGUAUCGAUAUCCUGGAGAAGAUGCUGGUCCUGGACGGGGACGAGAGGCCCACAGCCGAGCUGGCUCUGGAGCACCAGUACUUCGACAGCUUACGGGACGCGGACGACUUUCCCGAGCCCGUGCCGUACGACGACAGCCGCGACAACGCCACGCUGUCCCUGGACGAGUGGAAGCGAUUAUGUUUCAAAGAGGUGAAGAGCUUCGUUCCUUUCCCGCGACGGGACUCCAAGAGAAAAAACACUUUGACUAUGUCAUCGUGAUGCGGAGAACGGGACGCCACAGCCGACGCUGCCCUUGUAUAUUCCAGCCCUGGUUUCAAACCAUUUCUUUAACUCCUGAGCUUUUUUUUUUCUUUUUUAACAAGUGUUGAGAAGAGUGAUGUUUUUAAAGCAGUCCCUUCUUUUUUUUUGUAAUGUAAAAUUGUUUCCUAGAUGUAGAUUAUUACACAUUCCCCGUCGGUGAACUGUUUAUAAAUGCUGGCUGCGUUUUGGAGGAUUUUCUUCAAGGUUAUACUUUCAUGUUGGUUUCCAAUUAAACAAUAAGACAAA